AUGGCUCAGACCUGGGUGGUUCUGGCUCCAUUCUUCUUCUUGUUAAUCAUCCUGGUUCAAAGCCCAGCUUACAACAUAGUAAAUGUGGAGGCUGGUAAUGAGGCUGUGCUGAAUUGCCCUUUCCUCUUCAAAAAGCCUUUGCUAAUGGUGACAUGGAAGAUGAAAUUCAGCACUUACUGUUUGUUAGCCUAUAGAUAUGAUAAGAAUGUGACAAGAAAUUUGAACUGCAGUGAGAGGACAACAUGGAAAUAUUCACCUGACAGUAACCCUGCUCUUCGUAUUUACCCUGUCGAGCUUGGUGAUGAGGGAAAUUACACCUGUGAAAUUGUCAACAGUGAGGGCAAUUUUCAUUUUUUUUCUUAUCUGGCUGUGAUAGUCCCUCCUACAGUGACUUUGACCACUGACAAUGGUGGGGUAGUGAUUUGCCAAGCCUCUGCAGGAAAGCCAGCUGCAGAAAUCUCCUGGGUACCUGCAAAUAACCACAGCACCGAUAGAGAAGUUCAUCAUCCCAAUGGAACAGUAACCAGAGUGAGCUCUGUAGAAUGGAAAAGCAAUGUGCAUUCCUCUGUGACCUGCCUCGUUACCCAUCCAGCUACAAACAAGACUCUGUCCCUAGAUCUAUUGUAUGCUUCACUCAAUCUUCACUAUCUCAUGAUAGGAGGAUCUGCGAGUGUUGCUGCUGCCAUUGGUAUUGGUGUGAUUUUAUGCUUGAUUUUCAGGUGCAAGGGUAAGUCAUUUGGAGAAUAG